AUGUAUCAGGAGCUCACUUUCGUCUUCUUCUCUCUAUUUCAGCUCAUUGCGGCACACGGUCGCAUCACCAACAUCACAACGUCAACUGGCUCAGUCUACCCAGGAUGGGAUCCAGAGUUCGCAAAACAACCAACGCCCGCGCCUCAGCUCGCAGCUUGGACAUCAUCCAAUCUCGGCAACAUAUUUGUUCCGCCUUCACGGUUCAACACUACCGACAUAGCAUGUCAUUACGACGCUGUUCCUGGCGCACUGCACGUCAACACGACAGCCGGAGAUACGCUAAAGCUACAGUGGAAUGAAUGGCCGACAUCACACGUCGGACCGGUCCUGACGUAUCUUGCUGAAUGCAAUGGAAGUUGCGCGAGCGUAGAGAAAAGUUCAUUGAAGUGGGUGAAGAUCGAUGAGCUGGGAUGGCUGAACAGCACGGGGUGGGAUACGCUGAAGCUAGGCGGAACAUGGGCGACAGACGUGCUCAUUGCGAACCAUUUCACCUGGACGAUUAAGAUUCCCGCGGCCCUAGCAAGUGGAAACUACGUCGUGAGGCACGAGAUAAUCGCGCUCCACGUUGCUGAGCAGCUGGACGGUGCACAGAUGUAUCCGCAGUGCUUUAACAUAAGAGUGGCAAAUGAGGAGGGAAGGGGAGAGCAGAAAUUGGAAGGUGGAGUUAUGGGGACCAAAAUGUAUGGGAUGAGGGAUGGAGGGAUCUUGGUCGAUGUCCACAAGAAGAUUGCGGGAUACGAAAUUCCGGGACCAAAGCUAUGGAGUGGUGCGAUGAAGACGAGGCAACCGAAUGUAAGGAAACUAGUAAGAAGGAACGCGUAG